UCGGUGGGUAAAGUCAAGCUGAGGCGUAGUCUAGUCUGUCCAUGACAUACCCACGUGUCAUAUUUUGGCGAAUCUUGACAACAUACCUAACCUACUUACAUGCCUAUCUAAUAUGCCUACACACCUACCAGAACCUACCUAAGGUAUCUGGUGACCAGGUUAUUCGCCCGGGAUCGGUUGGCUUGUCCAGGCAGUCCUCACAUGCCGCGUAUCCCGGGGUCCGGGUAAGAGGUAUCAAUGACGCUAAGCCGGGAGUGCCACCCUCUCCCGUCGCACGUCGCACAUGCAUGCAAGCAAGCAAGACAUGCGUCGGUCCCGUCGUAUUAAUUACACAUGCCAAUGCGAUUUGGGGUCUGACUAAAGGCGCGGAUCAGCCAUUUCGAGCCGUGCCAUGUAACUUUGCUUUGAGCCUCAUCGCGCAUCGCGCAUCACUCAUACCUAUAACGUUGCCGCCUGUGCGGGUGGAGAGUUUAACGAACGUCAGUGACAUACCGGUAUGGAGGGAAAGUCUAUCGCCGCACAAAACACUAUUGUUUGUUCUUCCAUCUUGGCUUCAUUAUGAAGACUCAGUACCUACCUACGCUCAACCGCUGAAGCCCGACGACCCCUAGGCCAAUUUGUGGCGGUGCCCACCCCAGGCGAUCCACCGCAAUCACAAGCCAGAAAGCCAGAAAACCAGAAAGCCCAGCGCAGGACCUGCAAUCCCGC